AGAGGAGGAGCUGCAAACAGGGCAGUGCAGAAUUCACUCCUACCCAACAGAGAAACUCUAGAUUUGUUGUACUUCCUUAAGUGCAGGGACAGGGUUGUCACUGUGCUGUUUCCCUGGGGAACUCUCAUAUUCUGGGUCCAAAUUACCAUGCCAACCAUACACUGAUUUGAAUAAGAGACUGGAUUAUCAAUAUGAAAUGGCCUGAACAGAAAGAUGAGUAAUAAAGAGAUGAGUAAUGAAAAGUGGCAAUAACAAUACAUCUGUACAGGGCCAGAUUUCACGAGGAGCCGAAGCACCAUCAUUUAAAAACCAUAAAAAGGAAACAUGGAUACACUGUUAACCAAUACGUUCAUAUUUCAUACAUACACUUACCUGGUGUAAAACACGGACAGUCAUUCUUUAAGUAUAGAAGGAAAAUUCUAUAACUGGGGUCUUUGACUGAAUAAUUUUUUAUUUUAUAUUAUUUUAUAUAUUUUUUUUUUUUUUGCAAUAUUUCUGAACCAAGAUCAUUCCCAACCAUGCUUAAACAAAUAUUAGCCGAUAUGUAUAUCGACCCCGAACUACUGGCUGAACUUAGUGAGGAACAGAAGCAAAUCCUGUUCUUUAAAAUGAGGCAGGAGCAGAUUAGACGAUGGCAAGAGCAAGAGGCAAAACUUGAUCAAAAUGAAGAUUUGAAGAUGAAGUCACAACCAAGAAAAGCAUUUAAUAAAUCCAUACAUUGGAAGGUUGGAGCUGAUCAGGAAGUCUGGGUCUGGGUCAUGGGAGAACAUUCGUCUGAUAAACCCUAUGACGAAAUCUGUGAUGAAAUUAUUGCAGAACGGGCACGCAAAGAAGCAGAAAAAGAAGCAGAGGAAUUAAGGAAAAAACAAGAAGCGGAAUUGUCCCAACUGUCUACCAUGACACUGCAACCUCACAACACCACCAUGGACAUACUAAAAAAAAGCACUGAAAACAAGAAAAUGGUCAAUGAAAAUGUCAGAAUAGCAGAUACACAAAGCAAUAAUGAUGAAAACCAGAAAAAAGAAAAUAUCCUGAAAGCCCAAGAAAAAGAGAAUGACAGACUUCAAGAGAGAACUCAAGAAAUUUAUAUGAACUGGAAAGAAGCACAAGAAGUAAAACAAAAAUUAGAAAAAGAAGAUAAAGAAUGGCAAGAAUCAUUACAAAAGUCAAAGAGGGCAGAUGAACGAAGAAGAUCAGUGGCUAAACAAGCACGGGAUGACUAUAAGAGACUAUCAAUGAAGGGAAUGGAACGAGGCAGAGUGGCUGACACAGCCAAGAACUUUGGAGGGAUAAAACGGCCACCUCUACCACCAAAGCCAAAACUAGCUACACCUGCAAAUAACAGUAGUGUAAACAGAUUGGAAAGGCGAGAGUGCGUUAGAAGGCUGAAUUCUGCCACCAACCGAGAAAAUAUCAUCAAAUGGUUUAAAGAAGAGCAGUUACCUUUAAGAGCAGGAUGGGAUAAAUCUGGAUCGUAUAUUGAGCCAUGGUUUCAUGGUAUCAUAUCUCGCCAAGAGUCGGAAGAACUGCUCAAAAGUCAUGGUCAUGGAAGCUUCCUUUUACGUGUCAGUGAAAAGAUUCAAGGCUAUGUCCUUUCUUAUUGUUCAGAAGAAGGAUGUGCACACUUUCUUAUAGAUGCUUCUGCUACUUCAUAUAGCUUUUUGGGCAUGGAUCAACUGCAGCAUGCUACUUUGGUCGAUCUUGUUGAAUAUCACAAGACUGAGCCUAUUACUUCAUUGGGAAGGGAGCUGCUACGUUAUCCAAGUGACCAAAAAAAUGGAGUAUGUGAUUAUAGUGAUCUUCUGGAAUGAAACCACUGGCUACAUGAAACCACUGUGCCUAAGAGGACAAAACCACUUUGCUGAAUGUACCUUCAUGAGCAACAAGUAUUAUAGCAGCAGGACUGCAUAGUUAUAGUAGGCAUAGUUUUUCAGAUUCUGUUACUGAACAAAUCUGGAACUAUAAAGGGCUUCCUAAUGCAUGAACGGACAUGGUCAAGAUCUAAAUAAUGUCAAAAGACACAGUUUAUCAGUUUCUGCACUUCACUCAUCUCACAUAAUUUAUGAAUUAGAUUUGAAAUGUGUAUGGAGUAACAUCAAUGGUUAGGAUGCUGCCAUGACUUGUGGCCAGGAAUGGACUUCUCUUAUUGCACAAAGCAGAAAAGAACAACAGAGAGACUUGAUUCUUUCAGAGAUAAAUAGUCAGCUUUGUGACAAUUUUUUGAAAUUAAUUAAAAAAUCCAGGAAGUUGUUAACACUAGAGAAGCUUCUCCUAAAGGCCCUCCUUUAUGUAAAGUCAACUCUUUUACACAGUGUGAUUAAUACUGAUAUUAUUAAAACUCAUAAGGGAUAUAAUAGUUUACCAAACAAAAGUAAAAAAUAUCCCAGUGAAAGUACUAUGGCACCAAAAAAAAUGCAUUUUUUUUGCUUAUUAUCGCUUAUAUAGAUUCUAAUAUAUUCAACAAAAUAAUGAUUAGCAUUGUGCACUAUUUACAUUUACAUAACAUUUUUAUUAUAUCACCCUAUAGGUUCCAAUGGAAAAAGCUAGUGUGCUACCUAAGGGUCUGUUCAGUAAAUAUUUUGUAUAAAGUAUAAGUAUGUAAUGAAUAAAAAAUAUGUUUGAA